UUGUGGGAAUUUAUGUUUAGUGCGUGUAAUACUCCAUAAUAAACCGCAAUUUCAUCAUGAAAUCACUGCUAUCUAUCAUUAUUAUUAAUAAAUUAUCACAUUACUAGUAAUUAUUUCAUGAAUUUGACUCGUAUUUUUCCCAAAAUACGUAGAGAGCGAUCUCUAGUCUAAAGUGAAUAUGCGCAGAGAAGUUGCGCACAGGGCUGACAAUUUUUGUUGUUUUUUCAUUUCAUCACUUUUUUACAUGUUUAGCACAUGUAAUGACUCGAAAUGAACGCUAUUAUUGGUUUUUUUUUAAUUAUUGCAACUAAUGGGGGAUUUUCAGCUCUAGAUUUUCUAUUUGAACGCUCGUAGAUUUUCGAUUUAGAUGUACUAGAGUAGAGAUAACGAAGAGGUAGUCCUCUGAUGUUUUUUUUCAACGAAAACAAUUGAUCAUCACAAACAGCGUGUAUGAACAAUACCAGUGCAAUAAUGUCUUUGGAAAAUACAAAAAUCGAGACCACAACAGGGGAUGGAAGAGCUAAUCGAAUGUUAUUGUACAAAAAACCGAUAAAAAAAGAUAAUUAUAAAGUAGAAGCUGAAUGGGAGGAGACACCACAGGAAGUCCGCAGAAAACGACUGCUGCAUCACCAAAAAGAAUGCAGAGAUGUAGCUUUCAACGCAGGACGUGUAAUAGUAGAAGAUUUGCCCUUCUCAGAGGAAGAGAAUCAAGACCCAAUGGAUGUGGAAAAAGCCAGACAUGGCUCGAGAAGGCACACGAACAAACGGUAUGCCAACAAAUUGAUGAUGUCCGAGUGGAUGCUCGAUGUGCCUGGGGACCUCGUCGAAAGGUGGUCGAUGGUCCCCUGUCCGAAGGGACGGAGAAAUUUACUGGUAGCAAGGAAAGGAAGGACAGAGGCGUACACCAGACGAGGAGAAAAACUCACCGAAUUUCAGUCUGCAUUACCCGGGGGUCAUGCCGACGAGAUGAAUAGGAGUUACACCCUUCUCGAUUGUAUUUGGGUGCCUAAACAGAAAAUUUACUAUGUUCUCGAUGUGCUCGCCUGGUCCACUCAGCCUUUAUUAAACUGUGAUGCUGAAUUUCGUAGAUUCUGGUUGCAAUCUAAACUGCAAGAGGAUGAGGAUUUAAGAUUCCAUGGAACAAAGCGAAAUCAAUUUCCAAUAUUACCUCUUCCAAGUGUCUCUUGUGAUAACAAUUUGUCAGAGUUUCUCGACAAUUUACCACCGCUUCCACCCCUCGAUGGUCUCUUAUUUUACCACAAAGAGGGAUAUUACAUGCAUGGAUUCACACCUUUAGUCACUUGGCUGAAGCCUUACAUGUUACCUGAGAUUCUGGGGGUCUCAGUGCCACCACCAAUGGAUGACAAACCCGAGGGGUAUGUGGACUUGAUGCAGCAUAUAUCAUUUGGGCUCAAAGGGAAAAAAAUAUCCGCAUCUUCUGAAUUAUUUAUGGAAACUGCUACUGAUGGCUAAAUAUUUUCAUCUUUUAAUAAUUUCUACGACUUUUUUUUUUUAUAACGACGAUGUACAAAAUGAUUGAAUUUUUAUUGUGCAUCUGAAUGUUCGUUUUAUAAUAAAAAAAAUAGCCCAUCUCAGAAUGGUCUCGUGCUAUAGAUUUACAGCACUAGUGGAGACUGUCGUAUCAAAGUUGAGUUGGUGGAGUAUCGCCAGGGCUUUUUCAUUGAAGAAUAACAAAACUUUGGACAGGACUUGAGCCGAAGAGGCUUUCAUCUGGGAAUAAAAAUAUAACAAAAACUUUAAUUCUACAAUAUUAAUGUUUAGAGUUUCAUUAUUGAGAUGCUUUCUCACCUUAUUAUCCAUAAUAGUGAAUGAAGGCAAACUAAUUUUAUGCAAUUUACAGAGGCCUAACUGUAGUCCAGCUGAAUGUAUCAUUUGCUUAUUCAAAACUUGAUAAAAUUUCUCGAUAUGUUGAGCACGAAA